AUGGAGCGAAAGAAGCCCACUUUCCUUCCUCACUUCGCUCCGCACCUUUUCCCUGGUCCCCAAACUCAGAGGGGUCGCCGGACGAUAUACAUUUCACGAUCUUCACCGCUGAAACACCAAGGGUUCCCUGUCGGCACCAUCCAAGUCAGGCUCGAGGAUAGUGAGCAGGAGAAUGAGCAAGGUGUACACCUCCCUCAUAACGGCCAGGAGAUCGCCUCGAGCGCGAAUUCCGACAUAUUCUCCGUCACCUCCACGUGCACCUCCUCAGACCCAGGUACAUUUUUCACUGCCCUGUACAGACAGGACCGCGAGCGCGCAGCCACUGCUUUCAAUAGCUACAGACUCGUCUGUCCCACAUCAGCGGCACAACUCCUAGCAGUAUUGGCUGAUGGAACCAAGGAAGAACGGGACUUGGAGGAGUUUUUGUACCGUGACCUGCGCUGGCGCGACCUCGAUGCAGCAUUGGAUCUGGUCGAUCGUUCGCUGCGUUUGUCACUCGACUUGGCCCAGCUCCCUCGACCCACCUAUCCGUCUCUGUCGGUCAUCUACCUCUCUGGAUUACUGGCCGUCCUCGCGGAUGAGACCGCCUUCUCACACCUCGCCUUCCGGGAAGGUGUGCAGCUGCUCGCCGUCGUGGAAGGCGAGCUGCACACGGUAUCAUCCUCUUCUUACUACUCGUGUUUUGAUAUGCCUCCAUCCUAG